GCAUUGUGAUUUUCGGGCAAUUAAUUGCACCCUCUUCUCAGUUACACCCACCGUACAACAAUUUAAACAAACAAAAUAACGAAAAGAAAAGAAAAAAUAACCAAGCCCUUCAUCCUGUGUCUAUAUUUAUACACACGUGUACUUUUCUUCUAUCACAAAAAGAGCACUUCAUAUUCUUCAUCCCCUAUCAUUCCAGCAUGGCAGAUAAGCAACCCCAACUAAACGGUGCGUAUUACGGCCCCACGAUUCCUCCGGCGGAGGCGCCACGUCCCCGCCGUCACAGAAAUUGCUGUUGCUGUCUCUUCAGCAUCUGCUGGAAGAUUCUCCUCGCACUCAUAAUCUUCCUCGUCAUCGUAUUCAUCAUCUUCUACGCCGUGCUCCAGCCACGCGUCUUUAAGCUGCACGUCUCCGACGCCACGCUCACGCAGUUCAACUACACCUCCAGCGACAACACGCUCCGUUACAACCUCGUCCUCAACUUCACGGCAGGGAAUCCCAACAAGAAGCUGGACUUCUACUACGAGAGCGUGGAGAGCCACGUGUCGUACAACGGCGUCACGUUCGCGUCGACGGAGUUGUUGACGUUGCGUGACUCGUUCCGGCAACGCAGGCAGAGCACGAACCGACUGAACGGCGUUUACAGGGGGCAAUACAAGACGGUGUUGGAUCAGGAUCAGGUGAAGAGCUUGGAAGAAGAUGAGAAAAAGAGGGUUUUUCAUUUCUCUGUGAGACUCCACUUUAAGGUUAAGUUCAUGCUUAAUGACUCGGCAAGUUCUAGCACGAAGGCGAAGGCGAAAUGUGAGCUUGAGGUCCCUUUGAGUUCCAAAGGAGAAACUCCAGUAGGGACUGUGUUUGUAUCCACCUACUGCCAUGUCAAUUUCUGACUGUCCCAUAUUGCACGUGACAUCUUCACAAACGACAUUAAUUUUGCCGCUUACUCUGUCAGAUUCCAUGAUUUA